AUGCGUUUUUCCACUGUGUUCUCCGCGCUGGCGAUCACUGCGACAGCAACAGCAACGGCGUCGACUGUGCCCGCGGAACUAUUUUCCAUUGGACAGCCUUCGGAGGCUCUUAAAGUGUCAUAUCAUGUUGGCUCGAGCACCGUGAGUAUCAGUCCGGGCCAAUCUUUAAACUCUACAGUCACACAUGAGGCGCCCCAUCUGCACCUGAAGGACAUGGACCUCGGCAGUGAUGGUCCCUACGUGUUGCUCAUGGUGGAUCCGACCACUAACAAGACGAAUCCAUUAUCUGUGGCAUUGCAUGCGCUCGUCUCCAAUCUGAUGACAAACGACAGUAGCGGGAAUGUGAUCGCUAAGUAUGUCUACCCACAGCCGAGGGAGGGGCCUGCGCACAACUACACCUUGUUUCUAUUCAAGCAACCUGCCAGCUUUGUCGUCUCCGAGCAAUACCACUCCUUCCUGGAGACGAAGGAGACGCCCCUGAACCGGCUGAACUUUCCUCUGGUGAAUUUCCUGAAACAGAUGGAUUUAGGAAAGCCCGUCGCUGCCAACUACUUCCGCGAGGCGGCGGAAAGCAGUUCCAGUUCGACAAAGACGACCAAGACGACAGGCACGGCCGAUGCAACGGUCAGUAGCACGGGCUCGGCUAGCGCCAGUGCGAGUAGUGGGGCGGCGGGUCGGUCAUUCAGAGAGACCAAUGGGUUUUCUUAUCUAGCGAGCUCGCUAGUGGGAGCCAUGAUUGCUGCAGUUUUAUAG